AUGCCCUCCCAUUCGCCCAUCCCCGAGGCCGCUGCGGCGGUUUCUUCCUCCUCGUCUUCGAUGCACGCAAGCUCGAACAAGCCUCGAGUAUGGAGCCUCUCUGUCUUCGUGACCGUGCUCACCAUCGCUUUGAGCGGCGCCACGUACGGUCUCGAGAACUCCCUCAUGAGUCCGCUUGCGGCCAUGCCCGAGUUUGUCAAAAAGUACCAAGGUCUCAAUCGGGCCACGCGCGACUACACUUUCACCGCAAGCCAUCAGUCGAUGAUCUUCUCGAUUCCGCUGAUCGGCACCAUCUGCGGCGCUCUGCUAUCGCCAUUCUUGCAGAACAAGCUCGGUCGUAAAUGGUCGCUCUGCGCUGCGUAUGUGUUCAGCAUUCCAUCGACGCAACUGCAGCUGUGGGCACCCAACCUCGUUGCCUUCAUCUUUGGCCGUGUGAUGAACGGGCUCGCGUACGGCUGCGCCCUCUCCAUCGGACCCCUCUAUCUCGCCGAUGUGGUCCCCACCAGCAUUCGCGGAGGCGCUGUCGCCACCUCCAAUCUCCUCACCAUUCUUGCUAAUCUGAUGGCGGCCAUCUGCUGCUGGGCAACGGAUCGAACCUAUCAGGACACCCGCAAGUACAAGGUGCCUCUCGCGGUACAGGCCGCGCUGCCUUUCCUUCUCUUACUGCCGACUCCUUUCCUGCCCGAGUCGCCCGUGUGGUGCGUACAAAAGGGUCGCAUCGGCCAAGCUCGCAUGGCUCUCAGGCGUGUCCGCCCCGUCUCGGACAUCGAGAUUGAAGAGGAACUCCAAACAAUCAUGCGCGCCGAGCAAGAGCGCGCCCACCUCGCCAAGGAGACCAAGUUCACCGACAUCCUCAGCCGCAAACACCUCUUGCGCACCAUGGUAGCCGGCUCCUUCUUCUCGCUCAAUCAAAUCAGUGGUAUCAUCUUGAGCACCACCUAUGCCACCAUCUUCCUGACGCAGCUCCGUCUCGGCGAUCCUUUCGUCUUGACGGUGUAUGCCUACAUCUGUCAGGUGGCGGGAGCAGCACUGGCCAUUGUCGCGCUCGAAAAGGUGGGACGCAGAUCGCUUGCUCUGCCCGGCUUCGUCCUUCUGACCAUCAUCGACUUCGUGGCUGGUACGCUCGCUUUCUACACUAGCGACGUCAAUGUGGCGAAAGCCAUUUCAGGCCUAGCCAUGGUGUUCAACUUUGUCUGGACGCUGUGCUUCUACUCGAUCUCGCUGCUGAUGCCUUCGGAACUGCCAACGCAACGUCUGCGCAAUUACACCAUGUCGUACGCCGUUGGAUGGGGCCAAGCGACGGCCGUGGUGACGACGCUCGCACUGCCUCAGAUCACGGCUAGCGAUGCAGGCAAUUUGGCGGCUAAGGCGUACCUCAUCUUUGGCGGAUGCAUGCUGGUCAUCACCGUUCUCGCCUUCUUCCUGCUGCCGGAGACACGUGGCAAGACGUUUUUGGAGAUCGAUCAGCUCUAUGCCCACCGUGUCCCGGCUUGGCAGUGGUCCAAGUACGAGCUCGGCACCGCCUCGGGCGCGUCGCCCUCGGAGCGUGAAUCACACCUCGACAGCGAUCCGCACGCUGUCGGCCUGGUCAGCGUCGACAAGAAGAGCAGCAGCCACGUUGCCCCUUCUGAGUCGGCGCAGUCGACUCCGCACUAG